AGUGUGAUAUCAAAUUGCCGACACUCACAGUUCUAAAGUGACCACCGACGUGUACAAACCACGGCAUUCCCGUCAGGUGCUGCUCUAAAGAUCAUUCGAAAUUUCCUCACCUACGCAAAGUUGCUCAAUUUGCACUCAAAGAAACAAGAGAGAGCGAAAACCACGAAUUAGUCAUUGGCGCGAUAAGGGGGUUUGUGUCUCAUUUUAUAUUUUGCGAUAAGAUAGUCAAUUUAUUGGGAGAGAUCGUUGUUUUUGCGAAACGCCACUGUAUUUUUAGCAAAGUAUUUAAAAAAGAAUCAUCCACAUCAUUCUUGUAGGAUAGAGAGACAUUCUUGUUGUAAUAGAAAAGUGCGCGAUUUGGUGCAAGAAAAAAUGUCCAAUUUGGUGGGAAAUGUGAAAAUUCUGCAAGAGCUGAAAGUUCACACGAGUGAUGUGACAUCAAUUGAAUUCUACGGGAAUUCAUUGCUGAUCACGGGAUCCAGCGAUAAGACUGUUCGAGUUUUCCGUUGGAUUGUUGGUAGUGGAUUUGUCGAGGAGAACUUUUCACCCCUCUUGGGGCAUAAGUAUGGUGUAACAAGUGUUAAAAUGUCACCACAGGGUGCUACUUUGGCAUCAGCAUCUGUGGAUGGCAGCAUUAUCCUUUGGAAUGUAAAUGAUGGCCAAAAGAUGAGUACCCUAAAUCAGGAAGCUGGUGAAGCAAUUAGAGCGUGUGCCUUCAGUCCAGAUGGAUCAUUUCUAGUCAGCUCAGAUGACAGUGGAGCUGUAUGCAUCUGGGGACAAAAUAAGAAUUUCUUGAGCUCAAUUCGUGUGCAUGAAGAAGCAGUUCACACUCUUGCCUUCUCCCCGGAUUCUUACGUGCUGGUAACAGGAUGCAAUCUGGGAAAUUUACGCUUUUUCAUCGUAGAACAACCAAUUGAGAGAGGUGUAAAAUUCAUCGCUGAUUGCUCAGUUGAUAAUGCACACGACCUGGGAGUUUUAUCAGCGGAUUUCUGCAAAAUUGUACGCAAUGAUCCUUCAGAUCAACGCACUGCAAUAUAUACUUUGGCUACUUGUGGCACAGAUCACUACCUCAAGAUUUGGCGCCUUUUCGUUGUUCACGGCGUGUAUGGAGAUGAGGAGAGACGUACAAAGCUUAUACCUCAGACACCGCAGGAGCAUAUCUGUGGAACAUCUACAAUUUAUUGCACUGAGCGAAUGAAUGCUGAGUGUGUUUUGAACAUCAAUGCACAUGGUAGUUCAGUGACAUGUGUCCGAUUCAACGGCACAGGAACUCUCUUGGCAUCCUGUAGUCUCGAUAGAAUGGUCAAGAUAUGGGAUAUGCAGGGAAAUUGCCUCAAAACCUUGUCAGAUCACACUCGCUACGUAAACUGCAUGACAAUCAAUGGGAAUUCCACCAUUAUUGCAUCCGGAUCAAAUGAUCGUAGUGUAAUUGUUUGGGAUUUGAAUGGAGAAUUGAGUUUGAAUUCUCAUGUGUCUGAAAUGAGGAGCCUCUUGUUUCGCCUUGUGGCUGAUAGUGGUUCAGAUAUGCCACUUGAAUUUAUUUGUCCAAUUACACAUGAGCUUAUGCGGAAUCCAGUUAUGCUGGAAGAUGGUUUUUCCUAUGAAGAAGCAGCAAUUGAUGAGUGGUUCAAAAUGGGCAAGGGAACGUCUCCAAUGACAAAUCUUGAACUCAUAUCGAUGGAAACAAUUCCAAAUACUCAUCUUAAAAGCUGUAUUGAUAAAUAUCUUAAAUCAUUGGAUUACGAUGCAGUAGACACGGGAUUUUAAAAGGAUUUAUCUAAAUCUACUAUUUUCACUCUACUCCACGUGAUUUUUAUAUUUCAUAAACUUUGUGAUUUUUACACAGAAAUAAAAUUAUAAAAUGCCCGCCAAAA